CACUUCCGGUUUCCUCUGCCCCUUGCCUUUCCACCGGAGCGGCUGCUGUGUGCAGAUAUCAGAGGAGUGAAUACCACGUAGACCGUUGGCUAAAAAAAGACAUUAAGAUGCCCCCCAAAAAGACAGAAGCCCCCAAAGAGCCCACAUUGAUUGGACGAUUUGGAACCUCACUGAAGAUCGGGAUCGUGGGAUUACCUAAUGUUGGGAAAUCCACCUUUUUCAAUGUGCUGACCAAAAGUCAAGCUGCUGCAGAGAACUUCCCAUUCUGCACAAUUGACCCAAAUGAGAGCAGGGUACCUGUGCCAGAUGAGCGCUUUGACUUUCUCUGCCAAUACCACAAACCGGCCAGUAAGGUUCCAGCUUUUCUCAAUGUCGUGGACAUUGCUGGUCUGGUGAAGGGAGCUCACGCGGGACAGGGACUUGGAAACGCCUUUCUCUCCCACAUCAGUGCAUGUGAUGGCAUCUUCCACAUGACACGUGCGUUUGAUGAUGAGGAUAUUAUCCAUGUGGAGGGUAACGUUGACCCAGUGAGGGACAUUGAGAUCAUCCACGAAGAGCUGCGACUAAAGGACGAGGAAAUGAUUCCUCUAAUCCUUGACAAACUGGAGAAGGCUGCCGUCAGAGGAGGGGACAAAAGACUUAAACCUGAACAUGAUAUAAUGUUGAAGGUAAAGAACUGGAUAGUGGAGGAGAAGAAACACGUCAGAUUUUACCCUGACUGGAACGACAAAGAGAUUGAGGUGUUGAACAAAUAUCUGCUUCUGACAUCCAAGCCCAUGAUCUACCUGGUCAAUCUCUCAGAGAAGGACUACAUCAGGAAGAAAAACAAGUGGUUGGCAAAAAUCAAGGAAUGGGUAGAUGCUCACGAUCCCGGAGCUCUGGUCAUCCCCGUGAGUGGAUGUGUUGAGUCUAAAAUGCAGGACAUGGAGGAGGAGGAGAAGAAUAAGUACUGCACGGAAAUGAAGACGCAGAGUGUUCUGACCAAAAUAAUCAAAACUGGCUACGCAGCACUACAGCUGGAAUACUUCUUCACAGCAGGACCAGAUGAGGUGCGAGCUUGGACCGUCAGGAAAGGGACCAAGGCUCCUCAAGCUGCAGGAAAGAUCCACACUGACUUUGAGAAGGGCUUCAUCAUGGCGGAGGUGAUGAAGUACAAUGACUUCAAAGAGGAGGGCAGUGAAAAUGCAGCCAAGGCCGCUGGGAAAUACAGGCAACUGGGCAGGAACUACACGGUGGAUGACGGCGACAUUAUCUUUUUCAAAUUCAACACACCCAGUGCACCUAAAAAGAAACCAUGAGAACACAAUAUCACCAGAGGGAGAACUCAGAAUACUGUUAAGGAGCUACACUGUGUGCUGGUUUUCAUAUUUAUCUUUUGAAUUCAGAGGAUCAGCUCAGCGGAUCAGCAGUUAUUUACUCAGCUGGUCUGAUCUGGUACCUAUUGGAAUUAUUCAAUAUAAUUACAUUUCUAUACAAGCUUACAUCCGUGCCUAUAAUAUUUGGCACCUUCUGCACCAGUCAAAUAUUUUUGAAAACAUUAUAUUCUAGCUUUCAUGGUCCCAACUAAGAAUAGGUAUAACUGAACUGAGGAAUGUAUCAUUUCAGAUUUUACUGGAAAUAGCUAAUUAAGAAACUGUAACAGAACAUAAACUGCAUAUUUCUUUAUAAUUGAGGCUGGCCUUGUCCAUGUGUUUUUAAGAUGCAUCAGAUGAUCAGAGCAUGUCCCCUUUUCUAGAUGCUUUUUGAUAAUUCAAGCAAGAAUCAAAGAGUCGUAACGUUUUUGUUGUUGUUGAAUUGUAUCUUUAAGACGAUAUUUGAGCUAUACAACAAUAACAGCUUGCCUUUCUGUCAUUAUUCUACAAUUACCAUCAUGAUGACCUCACAUCAUAUCAACCCUCUUUAUUACAGCCUGGCCUGAUCAAUCUGUAAUUCAGAUCUUAUAACAUACAAAAGUUAUAAACAGUGCCAGCAUAAGUGAUGGUAAUAUAUAGCAUGUGGUGUUUGGUACAGGUGCCUAAUCAGCAUAGAAUGAGUAAACAGUGUUUUUUCCUCAUUAAAAUGACAUGAACUGUUUUCUUAGUUUAUUUAUGCCUUUUCCCCAAUUCAACUGUCUUAUGCUAUUCACAAUUAAGCCAUAAUUCCGUAACCAAUUAUGCUAAAACCAAUAAACGUUUGACUGGUGCUGUGUAAACUACCAAGAGAAAAUGAAAGCCAUCGCUCAGUGUAGCAUUUCAGGACACAACUGUGCUUUAUUCUGAGGGCAAGGAUAUUCCUAUUAUUUUAGAGAGAGCAAAGCAGGUAUCCCCGACGAUGCAGGAUGAGACACCCGAAUGGAUCAUUUUGUGAUACACACUGCUUUUAUUGACUUUGGUUUGGUUUGGAAACAUAAAAACAGACGACAUUCACGUUAUGAACACCACCCUGUGUCACAAGAUAUGGCUUCAGUGUGAACCAGCUCUGAGGAUCAUCUGGACUGUAUGGCUUCAUAAUGCUCCUUGUUUCACUGCCUCCAUAGUGUGAAUGUCUUUUAUUUUCAAGAGCGCCCAACAAUCCCCUCAUUUAACAUCUUGUCGAAGGUAGAACAUCCUAAUGGGCCUAAGGGAGUCAAGAUAUAAAUAAACGUCAUCCUCAUCAAUAUGCAUGCGUCAAUAAAAGGAGAAAAAAAACCGUG